UUGGUUUCUCUCCAAAACCAGUGAUACCGAACCCACUAUAGAAAAUGGAACGUUGGGUAGGAAAAGUAGCCAUCGUAACUGGCGCUAGUUCUGGAUUAGGGGCUGCAAUAGCCGAAGCACUGGUUAAACAAGGUCUAAUUGUUGCUGGAUUUGCUAGAAGGAAAGAACGGGUCGAAGAGCUUGCGAAAAAAUUAGAAGGGGCCAAGGGCAAGCUUCAUGCGGUCAAGGUUGACAUAACAAAAGAGAACGAGAUCAUAGACGGAUUCGAGUGGGUUAAGAAGAACCUGGGGCCGGUGCAUGUUCUCAUAAACAAUGCGGGGGUUGCAAGAACGACCUCGUUAAUUGAUGGUGAAACGCAGAAAUGGAAAGAUAUAUUGGACACGAACGUGUUAGGAUUGAGUAUAGCGACAAGGGAAGCUGUUAAAGACAUGAGAGCUAACAAUGUAGACGGUCAUAUCAUUCACAUUAACAGUAUCGUCGGUCAUAGGGUGAUAAACUACCCCGGCGUCAACGCUUAUCCUGCCAGCAAACAUGCUGUUACAGCCCUGGCUGAAACUCUAAGACACGAAUUUAUUCAUAACAAAUUAAAAAUUAAAAUAACAAGUCUAAGUCCAGGACACGUGGACACUGAGUUUCAAAAAGCAGCCGGCAUGAAAGUUGACCCUAACACGUCUUUCAGCAAGAUCAAGGGUUCAAAUCCGGAAGAUAUAGCAAACGGUGUUUUGUACGUUCUAGGUACCCCUCCUCACGUGCAAGUCCAAGAAUUGACAAUUGCGGGGAUUGACGAGCCAUACUAAUAACCGUUUAAUUAAUUUAAUACACCAAUUUGUUGUUUUGAUUUAUUCUAUUUACUGUAAUGCAAAUUAAAAACCGAAUAAAGGCAUUUUUUAAAUCUAAA